GUGGUGAAGGAGCUGCAGACAUCAGCUCGAGAGGCGAUCAUUCUGCUGAGAGCGAUGAUUGGAGAAGUGUGUCUGAACGUGGAGGAAGAGGAGAGUGCAAUCUGCUCUCUGUUCAACAGCCUGCAGGAGAAACUCGCAGAGAGGAAGAAGAUCCUGCUCAAAGCAGCUCAGAGUCAGCAUGAGGAGAAGGAGAAAGCACUGAAGGAGCAGCUCUCUCACCUCACUGCCCUCCUGCCGACCCUGCAGGUCCACCUCGUCACCUGUUCGGCGUUUCUGAGCUCGGCCAACAAGUUUGAGUUUCUGGACAUGGGUUACCAACUCAUGGAGCGUCUGAAGAGGAUUGUGAAGCUCCCUCAUCGACUGAGACCGGUGCAGAGCAGCAAAAUCAACACCGACUACAGGAGUGAGUUUGCCCGCUGUCUGGAGCCGUUACUGCUGCUCUGUCAGCGCUGCCCUCCGUCUGUUUCCGGAUCCGCAGGUGCUGCGACGAGGUACCAGUCCCCUCUCUCCAUUCUGUGCCGCUCCCCGUCUCUCAGUGAGAUGCCCCUGGGCUCAGUUCUUGGGCGAAGGCCCACCUGCCACCGAAACAUCUGCACCAAAGUCCUGCUGGCUGAGGGUAGGGAGACACCUUUCACCCAGCACUGCCGCAGCUAUGAGAACACCUACCGGACUUUCCAGACAGAGAUUCAGAACCUGAAGGACCAGGUCCAGGAGCUGCACCGAGACCUCACCAAGCACCACUCCAUCAUCAACACAGAUAAGAUGGGAGAGAUCUUGGACAGGUCUCUGCACAUUGACAGCCAGAUAUCUGCGCAGCACUCCACCGUGGAAACUAUGAGAGUCAUGUUUGAAGAGGUCUGGGAUGAGACUUUCCAGAGGGUCUCUAAUGAGCAGGAGAUCUAUGAAGCGCAGCUUCAUGACCUGAUGCAGCUGAAACAGGAGAACUCUUACCUGACCACCAUCACCAAACAGAUCAGCCCUUACAUCCUGUCCAUCGCCAAGGUCAAAGAGAGACUCGAGCCCAGGGUUGAGGAGGUUAAGGGUCACCGUGACGACCGCACACAGACGAUGCUGAAAGUCUAUGAAGACAUCACCAACGCUGAAGACAGCAAAGACAGGUUCUGAUCAUUUUAAUAUACAUAUAUACUUAAAUACAUCUUACUGUAUGUUGUAUAUUAACUAAAAGCAGGUGUGCAAAAAAUCAUUGGACAGCCUUAUUACAAACGUUAGAUAUCUUUUUUUUGCUCGUGCAUUUGAAUUAUUGACUGCCGUCU